AACCAGAACCCUUGAACCCAACUCUUUAUAUAUUCUUUAUUAUUGGAGCCACUUUUUAUACUAUACAUUUAGAUAUUCUUUUCUUUGUAAUUGCAAGCUACACUGUAUUGCUUUUCCUGGUGCCUUAGUAAAAUCCCUGUUACUCUUCUUCCAUCACCAACCACAAACCCAUUAUCCAACCACAUAUCCAAAUCUACACGCUCCUCCACGUUGUAAUGGCAGACAGUGUAGUUUCCUUUGUUUUGGAUCACUUAGCCCAGCUUGCGGCACGCGAAGCUGACUUGCUGUGUGGCGUGGAGGACAGGGUCCAAUCCCUCCAAUACGAACUUCAAAUGAUCAAAGAACUCCUCAAUAUCACAAAGAGAAAGCAGGGAAUGGAAUAUACUGUAUUGAAGCAAAUCAAAGAUGUGGCCCACUUAGCUGAGGAUGUCAUCGACACAUUCGUAGCCAAAGUUUCCAUUUACAGGAGGAGAACCAUUCUGGGGAGGAUGCUCCGUGGCUUUGGCCAAGUAAGGUUGCGCCGCCACGUGGCCGACAAAAUAGACAAGCUCAAAACCAUUCUCAACGAGAUACACGACAACAAGGACAAAUAUGAUGCUUUCAAAGAAACUACUAAUCAAUCUGCAGCAGAAGAGGAGGAGAAGGAAAGGUUGCAAUCGCUGCACAAGCUUAGAAGAGAUGUGGAGGAAGAACAUGUGGUUGGCUUUGUCCAUGACUCCAAAGAUGUCGCUAAGCGACUCCUGGGAGGUGGUUCAAAUCGUAAAGUUAUCUCUAUUGUUGGCAUGGGGGGAUUGGGGAAGACUACCCUUGCCCGAAAGGUCUAUAAUAGUAGCCAGGUGAUGAACCACUUCGAUUGUCGCGUGUGGGUUUAUGUCUCACACGAGUGCAGAGUUAAGGAGCUUUUGCUUGGUCUUCUUAAGCAUUUGAUGCCAAAUUUUGAACAACAACGUAGGGGCAAUAAGAAAGCUAAGAAAAACGCUGAAGACGUUUACAACCUGAGUGAGGAGGAGCUGAAGAAACAGGUGAAGAACUGCUUGGAGAGGAAAAGGUAUCUUGUGGUGGCAGAUGACUUGUGGAGUUGGGGGGAUUGGGAUGAGGUGCAAGAUGCUUUUCCGGACAACAACAGAGGCAGUAGAAUAUUGAUCACUAGUCGUUUGAAAGAGGUGGCCUUGCAUGCUGGUGAUGAUGUUCCUCAUUAUCUUCAAUUCCUGAGUGAAGAAGAAAGUUGGGAGUUGUUUUGCAGGAAAGUGUUUAGGGGUGAAAACUGCCCUUCUGGUUUGGAGACCCUGGGAAAACAGAUGGUUCAAAGUUGUCGUGGUUUGCCGCUCUCCAUCAUUGUCUUAGGAGGAUUGUUAGCCAACAAGGAAAAGUCAGAUAGAGAAUGGUCUAAAGUAGUAGGUCAUGUUAAUUGGUAUCUGACUCGAGAUGAGACACAAGUAAAGGAUAUAGUUCUCAAGCUCAGCUAUGACAACUUACCAAGGAGACUAAAACCAUGUUUUCUUUAUCUUGGGUUAUUUCCUGAAGAUUUUGAAAUACCUGUUACGCCAUUAUUGCAAAAAUGGGUUGCGGAAGGUUUUAUUCAAGAUACAGGAGAUAGAGACCCAGAUGAUGUUGCGGAAGACUACUUGUACGAGCUCAUCGAUCGUAGUUUGGUCCAGGUAGCAAAAGUGAAGUUUAAUGGAGGUUUGAAGAGGUGUCAGGUUCAUGAUCUUCUUCGAGAUCUUUGCAUAUCAGAGAGCAAAGAGGACAAAGUGUUUGAAGUUUGCACAGACAAUAACAUUUUAAUCCCUACAAAACCUCGCAGACUGUCCAUUCACAGUGAUAUGGCUCACUACAUUUCUUCAAGCGACAAUGACCAUUCAUGUAUUCGUUCUUUGUUUUUCUUCGCGCCAAGUUAUGAAGUUCGUGGGAGAGAGUGGAAAUGGCUUUUGGACGACUUCAAAUUGGUUCGAGUGUUAGAGUUUGGACUUAACAGGUGUCAAAAGAUCCCUUCCAAUUUAGGGAACUUCAUCCACAUAAGGUACUUGAGAAUAGACUCGAUGCUUGCUGUAUUUGUUCCUGAUUCAAUACUUAACCUUUGGAAUCUACAAACCAUAAAGCUAAGUAUUUCGGUUUAUCUGACUGCAAUUGAGAGUCCAAUUUCUUUUCCGGUUGAAAUGUGGAAACUCAAACAUUUAAGACAUUUGAAUGCAUCAGAGCCUAUCAAGUUGCGAGGAAGUUGUUCAAAAUCAGACGAGAAGAUGUGGAAUCUUCAAACCAUAUCUACCAUUUUACUCAAUAAGCAAUCGACAUCUCUAAUAAAGAAAGGAACAUUCCCCAAUAUUAAGAGGAUGGGCUUGCGCGUGGAAGAAAAUGGAUAUGAAGGUGAAUUACCUAAUGUAUUGCAACACCUACAACAAUUAAAGCAUUUGAAUAAAUUAGUGAUUUUUUUCGGAGUUUGGUCUGAUCGGACGGGGAAAGAACAGAUUCAAAGCCUGGGACAAUUCAAUUGUCUAACUUUCUUAAUGAUUAAUAAUGUUUCAAAACUUCUAACCUCUGAGCUCAUAUUUCCUCCAAACAUUACAGAGUUAAUGUUAACUGGGAUUAGGUGCAUUACUGAUGAGGGGAUUAAUGGUUUGGGAAAUCACUUCAAACUCAAAAUUUUGAGUCUUUGGGGAUCUAUGGGUCAGAUUGAGGAUUCUGUUGACCUCAACUGUGCUGAUGGCAGCUUUCCACAACUCGAAGUGUUGCAAAUGAGAUUUAUACGACUUCGAAAGUGGGAAUUAGGCAAUGGUGCAAUGCAAAAGCUUCAACAUGUGCUUAUCCACAGAUGUCAACCAUUAGAUAAUCUCCCAACUCAACUCUGUUCUUUGAAUGGAUUGAAAAAAGUGCAUAUAACGGAUUCGGUCUCAAAACAAAUGACUCACAUUUUAGGAAUUUUAGAAACAAAUAAUGGAGUUCAAAUUGAUAGAGGAGAUCAUCUAUCUCGGGUUGAGAAUGAUGGGGAUACUUUUGAUAUUAUCUAGAAAUGUGAGAUUUAUGGAUGUAUUUUAUAUACUAUGAAAUAUUAAU